ACAUUUUUCAAUUAGUUCUUGUCGACAUUGUAUAUAUCGUGUCCUUUUAUUAGAAAAUUUGUUAUAGAAAUUAUUAUACAUUUUAUUUUCGGCAAUUCAAAAACCAGUUGGAUAAUAAAAAAAAAAUUUCUAUUAAAAAAAAAAUUAAAAAAUGAUAAAUAAAUUUCAAAUUGUAAUUCUAUUUUAUAUUCAUUUUACAAACGCUGAACUAUGUUUAAUUUUGGGAGACAAUGUUUCAUUGAACAUGCUUGAGAUUAGGGACAAUAUAACCGAUUGUAUUGAGGAUACAUUUCCACAUAAAUCAUUGUACAUUGAAAAUGGUGCAAACAAACCAUAUUUGAGAAGUUUUUCACUUCCCGAAGCAGGUGUAACAAGAAAUAGAGAGGAUUUAAAUGAAAAUGUCAAAUUUUAUCUCUACACACCCGAAUUAAAUCCCAAUUAUGAAUUAUUAAAUUUUAAUGACAGCACAUCAUUGGCGGCGAGUCAUUUUGAUAAAAAUCGUCCAACUCGUUUUGUAACACAUGGUUUCACCUCAUCUAGCACUGCACAGUCAUGUGAACUUGUCAAAGAAGCCUAUUUAAAUUUUUCUAACUGCAAUGUCAUUAUAAUUGAUUGGAGUCAUCUUGCCUGUGAUUUUUAUCCAAUAGCGGCAUUUUAUGUGAAAUUAGUUGGCGAAUAUGUUGGAGCAAUGAUAACAUUUUUAGAAAAUAUGGGAAUGAAUCCAAAUACAACAACACUUGUUGGUCAUUCAUUGGGUGCGCAUGUAAUGGGCAUUGCCAGCAGUUCUGCUGCUCAUAAAGUCAAAUACAUUUACGGAUUGGAUCCCGCAAUGCCAUGUUUUAUCAAUACAAAAGCCAGUGAACGUAUUUCAUCAGAUGAUGCUGAAUUUGUUCAAAUUAUUCACACAAGUGUACUGGGCGAUAUUAAAAAAAUUGGUGAUUAUGAUUUUUAUCCAAAUGGUGGUGUUCAUCAACCAAAAUGUGCCUGUAAAUUCAUCACUGAAAGUGCAUGUUCACAUUCAACAUCGUAUGAAUAUUUUGCCGCGUCACUUAAUAAAACAAAUUCAUUCUAUUCAAUUUUAUGCAAAAAUUUUGAUGCAUUUAAAGCAAAUAAAUGUGAAAAUUAUGAAACAAUAAUGGGUGGCAUUGAUCAUAUACCAAAACAAAAGGGAAAGUAUUAUCUUUAUACAAAAGCAACAUUUCCCUAUGCAAUUGGUAAAUUUUCUCAAAAAAAAUUAUGUUCAACGUCACAAUUAUCAAUGUGCAUUUAUAAUGUUAUUAAUUAUUUAUUUGGCACACAUUUAUGUUACAACUAAUUAUUAUUAUAAUUAUGAAACAAUAAGUUAUACAAAAAUAGUAAAAUAUAUAUUAUGUAUAUAAUAAUUAUUUUUGUAAAC